GACUCCGGCAGAGUGCGCGUGCGCCGCCGCGAUCUUAGCACUCACCUGGAGCCACGGUGGACGAGCCGGUGGUGUGAUCGCCGUGCCAGGCCGCUGGGGAUGUUUCGAAAGGCCCGUCGGGUGAACGUGCGCAAACGGAACGACUCGGAGGAGGAAGAGCGGGAGCGCGAUGAGGAGCAGGAGCCGCCUCCGUUGCUGCCGCCCCCGGCCACUGGCGAAGAGCCGGGCCCAGGCGGUGGCGACAGGGCCCCCGCGGGGGAGUCCCUGGCGGGCCCUGCGCUGCCGCCACCCUCCGCUGUGACCCCGAACCUCGGCACUGAGGCCGGGGGCGGCAUGCCCGGCGGCGCGGAGCCUGGCAACGGGCUGAAGCAGCGCAAGAGGCCUCGUGAGAACAAAGAGGUGCCCCGGGCCAGCCUACUCAGCUUCCAGGACGAAGAGGAAGAAAAUGAAGAAGUUUUCAAAGUGAAGAAAUCGAGCUAUAGCAAGAAGAUAGUGAAGUUGCUCAAGAAAGAAUAUAAAGAAGACCUUGAAAAGUCAAAGGUCAAGACCGAACUCGACUCGACAGUGGGCAAUGAUCAACCUGUGGACAAAACAGGGCACGUUAAGGACACAAAUCAGGAAGACGGAGUUCUCAUCGGAGAGCAUGGUGAAGAUGAAAUGGACAUGGAGAGUGAGAAGGAGGAAGAAAAGCCAAAGGCGGGUGGAGCAUUCUCAAAUGCCUUGUCUUCUCUGAAUGUUCUCCGUCCAGGAGAAAUUCCAGAUGCAGCUUUUAUACAUGCUGCAAGGAAAAAGCGGCAAAUGGCUCGGGAACUGGGAGAUUUCACUCCUCAUGACAACGAGCCUGGUAAAGGCCGUCUCGUUAGAGAAGAUGAGAAUGAUGCCAGUGAUGAUGACGAUGAUGAUGAGAAACGACGUAUAGUUUUUUCUGUGAAAGAGAAAUCACAAAGACAGAAAAUUGCUGAGGAAAUAGGUAUUGAGGGGAGUGACGAUGAUGCUUUAGUAACUGGAGAACAAGAUGAAGAGCUUAGCCGAUGGGAACAGGAACAGAUAAGAAAAGGAAUUAAUAUCCCUCAGGUUCAAGCAAGCCAGCCCAAUGAAGUAAAUAUGUACUACCAGAACACUUACCAGACCAUGCCUUACGGUUCAUCCUAUGGCAUACCUUACAGUUACACGGCCUAUGGAUCUUCAGAUGCCAAGUCUCAAAAAACAGAUAACACAGUCCCUUUCAAAACUCCCAGUAAUGAGAUGACUCCCGUUACUAUUGAUUUGGUAAAGAAACAGCUUAAAGACAGGUUGGACUCCAUGAAAGAAUUGCACAAAACAAAUCGGCAGCAGCACGAGAAGCACCUGCAAAGCCGAGUGGACUCCACCAGGGCUAUUGAAAGAUUAGAAGGGUCUUCUGGGGGUAUUGGUGAACGGUAUAAAUUUUUGCAAGAAAUGCGAGGGUAUGUCCAAGACUUGCUUGAGUGUUUCAGUGAAAAGGUGCCACUGAUUAAUGAACUUGAAUCAGCAAUACAUCAGCUGUACAAACAGCGAGCUUCCCGCCUUGUCCAAAGACGACAAGAUGAUAUUAAAGAUGAAUCUUCGGAGUUUUCAAGCCAUUCAAACAAAGCUUUGAUGGCACCAAAUCUUGAUUCCUUUGGACGAGAUCGAGCACUAUAUCAGGAGCAUGCAAAACGUCGGAUUGCAGAGCGGGAGGCCCGAAGGACUCGUCGUAGACAAGCAAGAGAGCAAACUGGGAAGAUGGCAGAUCACCUUGAAGGCCUUUCCAGUGAUGAUGAAGAAACAUCUACCGAUAUCACUAAUUUCAAUCUAGAAAAAGAUCGCAUUGCAAAAGAGUCCAGCAAAGUUUUUGAAGAUGUCCUUGAAAGUUUCUAUUCUAUCGAUUGCAUAAAAUCCCAGUUUGAAGCAUGGCGUUCAAAGUACUACACAUCCUACAAGGAUGCCUACAUCGGCCUCUGUCUGCCAAAGUUGUUCAACCCACUUAUCCGACUACAGCUCCUCACUUGGACUCCUCUUGAGGCAAAAUGUCGUGACUUUGAGAAUAUGCUAUGGUUUGAAUCUCUGCUGUUUUAUGGUUGUGAAGAACGAGAACAAGAGAAAGAUGAUGUAGAUGUGGCACUACUUCCCACCAUUGUGGAAAAGGUGAUUCUUCCCAAGCUAACAGUGAUAGCUGAAAAUAUGUGGGACCCUUUUUCAACAACACAGACUUCAAGAAUGGUUGGGAUUACACUAAAAUUAAUAAAUGGAUAUCCUUCAGUGGUGAAUGCAGAGAAUAAAAAUACACAGGCAUACCUAAAAGCACUUUUAUUGAGAAUGAGAAGAACUUUAGAUGAUGACGUAUUCAUGCCUCUGUAUCCCAAAAAUGUCUUAGAAAAUAAAAAUUCUGGGCCUUACUUGUUUUUUCAACGACAGUUUUGGUCUUCUGUCAAGCUAUUGGGAAACUUUCUUCAGUGGUAUGGCAUUUUUUCAAAUAAGACUCUUCAGGAGUUGUCUAUAGAUGGUUUAUUAAAUAGAUAUAUUCUAAUGGCCUUCCAGAAUUCAGAAUAUGGAGAUGACAGCAUCAAAAAAGCCCAAAAUGUAAUCAAUUGUUUUCCAAAACAGUGGUUUAUGAAUUUAAAAGGAGAAAGAACUAUUUCUCAGCUAGAAAAUUUUUGUCGAUAUCUUGUACAUUUAGCAGAUACAAUUUACAGGAAUAGCAUUGGGUGUUCUGAUGUGGAAAAACGAAAUGCAAGGGAAAAUAUAAAACACAUAGUAAAACUUCUUGCCAGUGUUCGAGCUUUGGAUCAUGCUAUGACUGUUGCAAGUGACCACAAUGUGAAAGAAUUUAAGUCUUUGAUUGAAGGAAAAUAGAACUAUGUAACUGAGAAGUCUAUUUGCUUUAAUACCAUUCCUUAUGUAUAAAUUUUGUAUAUAUGUAAAGUUUCUUAAACUGUAAAAUAGUAUUUCUUGUUUUAAUACAAAAAAUAUUAUAUUAAAUACUGUGUUCUUAAAUGCAGUUUCUUUAGAAUGAAAGGAAUUCAGAUUAUUUCUAGAAGUCUAUGAAUGUUUUCCUUACUGCCUGUCAUACUUGUUUACAGAAGUAUUUUAUAUGGUCAUUAAAUUAACCCUCUCAUUUAACUGUCCUCUAUAAAUGAUGUGUGCAGUGUAAAUUGUGUAAUUAUGCAUAUGUAUAUAUUUAUACCUCCAUGGACUUUCACACUGGAAAUUUGUGGUGUUUUUUUACAGAGGAAACCUUUUAACAGCAGAAAAAUUACACAGUAGCAAAUUGUCUUAGGGGAAUUACUAAACUGUUGCAAACCAAAAAGGGCUGGUAAGUGACUAAAUAAAUGUUCAUUCCCUAUUGGUUAGCAUUGCUGUCACUGGCUGUGCUGCCUUAAAGUGAGAGUUGAGUUAUGGACUUUGUCAUUAAAUGAAUUUUGAACUUUCUUCGUCAAUCAGCAUUGCAGGCAAAUAUGGGUUUAUGUGAACUCUAAGUAAAUAAAAUAUGCAAUACAGUUUCAGAUGGAACAUUAGGAGUUUAACUUUUGAAAAUAAGCCCACAAUCAUAACUGCAUGGUUUAGGCUGUCCUUCCUCAUUCAUUGUUCUACUUCCUGCCUAGCUUACGUAUAUACGAAUUUUGAUUGUCUGUCAUUAUAUUUAAAAUCCCAUAUAUGUGAGUUAUGUAUGCAAUAAAGAGUACUCCUUGCUGAUUAGCCACACCCAGCCAAUUUAAGAUCCAUGGUCUUCUAUAAUGUUUAUACCAUAUUGUACAUAUUCAGAGAACUUGUUUUAAAGUUUGUUUUCUGAUUCUGUGAUUUUCAAAAGAGGAAUUUUUUGGAAAUUAAGGACUAUUGUUUGAUUAUAUCUGUAAUUAAGCUUUAGCCAAGCAUUAAAUUAAUUUUUCAAUA